AAAUUAAUUGUAUAAAACACAAAAUCCAUUUCAUAUAUAAAUAAAAAAAAAUAUACUAUACUACUCAAGGGAGUAACUAAAAAUUUAUAUAUAUAAAAAAAAUCAACAAUUGCCAAUCAAAAUACCUUAAACAGUGACACACGACACCCAAAAACAGCCUCCUAUCCUCAAAAACUCGCAUCAUUUUUACUCUAAACCACACACCCUCCCCUCCCUAUAUCUCUCAUUUUUUCUGUCCUCACAAUUUUAUCAUUCAUCUCAUUCUCAUAAUUCUCAGCUCACAAAAAGAAACAAAGAAGAAAACUAAACUCCCAUAUUUCCCCAUGCCAUUCUACUAAACCAAGAAAGAGCGAGAGAGAAAGAGAAGAGAGAGAUAGAGCAGCAAUGGCAGCAGUCUCCACAGUCUACACACUCAACUCCACCUGCUCAAUCUCCACACCAUCAAAGCCCCUCACACACAAACACCUAGUCUUCUUCACCACCACCACCGCCACGAAGAGAUCAUCGCGGCGGGCGAUAUCAUGCUCCGGCGAGGACAAGACGGUGGUGAUCGGGCUGGCGGCGGACUCGGGGUGCGGGAAGUCGACGUUCAUGCGGCGGCUGACCUCCGUGUUCGGGGGCGCGGCGGAGCCCCCGAAGGGAGGGAACCCGGACUCGAACACGCUGAUAAGCGACACGACGACGGUGAUAUGCUUGGACGACUACCACUCACUGGACAGAACCGGACGGAAGGAGAAGGGAGUAACCGCACUGGAUCCGAGGGCCAAUGACUUUGAUCUCAUGUAUCAGCAAGUCAAGGCCUUGAAAGAUGGCACUCCAGUUGAUAAGCCCAUUUACAAUCAUGUCAGUGGUCUAUUGGACCCGCCGGAGCUCAUCAAACCUCCCAAGAUUCUUGUCAUCGAAGGCUUACACCCCAUGUACGAUCAACGUGUUCGAGACCUCUUGGACUUCAGUAUAUAUCUGGACAUUAGCAACGAAGUCAAAUUCGCAUGGAAAAUUCAGAGGGACAUGGCUGAAAGAGGACACAGUCUCGAGAGUAUCAAAGCCAGUAUCGAAGCCCGAAAACCCGACUUCGAUGCUUACAUUGAUCCACAGAAGCAAUACGCGGACGCCGUGAUCGAGGUGUUGCCAACUCAGCUGAUUCCGGACGACAACGAGGGGAAGGUGUUGAGAGUGAGGCUGAUAAUGAAGGAAGGUGUCAAGUUCUUCAACCCUGUCUAUCUCUUCGAUGAAGGCUCCACCAUUUCAUGGAUACCCUGCGGAAGGAAGCUCACCUGCUCCUACCCCGGCAUCAAGUUCACCUACGGCCCCGACUCCUACUACGGCCAUGAGGUUUCUGUUCUGGAAAUGGAUGGGCAGUUCGACAGACUGGAUGAGCUGAUCUAUGUGGAGAGCCAUUUGAGCAACAUUUCGACUAAGUUCUAUGGAGAAGUGACUCAGCAGAUGCUGAAGCAUGCAGAUUUCCCUGGCAGCAACAACGGGACGGGGCUGUUCCAGACCAUCGUCGGGUUGAAGAUCAGGGACCUCUACGAGCAGAUUGUGGCGAGCAGGACGGCUGCUUCCCUUGAAGCUACCAAGGCAUGAUGAGUCGAGUCGAGUUGAGUUGAGUUGAGUCAGAGUGCUCUGUGAGUGUUGGUGUUUGGGGGAAUUGCAUUGUUGUCUAUUUUGUAUCUAUUUUCUGAGUUGAAACUCUGUGGAGAUUUGUAACAUAGAGAAACGACUUGCACAUAUUUUUCAAAUGGAAUUAUAUAACACAUUUCAUACA